CUUUGGCAUUACUCGCAAUAAUAAGCAUAAUUCGUAGGUAAUCAUUGUUAUUUAAUCUAUAUUAAAAUAGGAUAAUAAAAAGAAAAUAUUCCUUGUUAAAAAGUCAGGUUACGUUAAAAAUCAGUGUUGCCAAUGCUAUUCAAGACAAUGCUACCAACAAAAAGCAGAGAUAUCUCUGCACAAAGUAACUGUUGCUAGCUUCAUGACAAGGUAUUGCCAACUUUGGGCGAUGAAAUGUGACUAAAAUUUUGGAGGGGACCACGAGGAAUUUGUGCAGGUAAAGAAAGUUGGCUUUUUUAAUGCGUUAUGUGAGCGUUUUCGGUGAAAAUAACAUUUUGGAGUGUGUUUUUAACGUCCAAAUGUCAGAUGGGCCCACCGAGCAGCUGAAGAAGUUUGUGUUUACCUCUAAAUGCAACAAUAGAGGGGAACCUCAGGAGGAAACGCUCGAAAUUAUUAUUCCGGAGCUUCUUCAAGGCAGUUAUUCCUUCUACACUUGGCCGUCCGCUCCAGUGCUCGCGUGGUUUUUGUGGGAAAAAAGGGCCGAAUUACCCGGAAGAAGAGUUUUGGAGAUCGGUUCCGGAACCGCAUUGCCUGGAAUCGUAGCUGCAAAGUGCGGUGCUAGAGUUACGUUGAGCGACUCGGCAACCCUGCCAAAAACAUUACAGCACAUAAAACGGAGCUGUCACUUGAACAAUCUGGUCGUCGAUCGCGACAUCGAAGUGAUCGGUUUGACUUGGGGGCUGUUUUUCGACAACCUAGAAUCAGUUAUACCCGUGGACUUGAUACUCGGUUCGGACUGUUUCUACGAUCCCUCAGUGUUUGAGGAUCUAAUAGUAACCGUCUCGUUUAUACUCGAGAACAGCAUCAACGCGCGGUUUCUUUGCACGUACCAAGAGCGCAGCUCCGAUUGGUCCAUAGAACAUUUACUGGUUCGCUGGAACUUGCAGUGCCAGAUCCACAACAUCAGUAAACUAGGCGCGAGCGCGGGAAUCGACUUAUUCGAACUCACCGGCGAUCAUACGAUACUGCUGUUGGAAAUCAGCAGGAAAACGUGAUGGCGAGCAAUGCUGUGAGGAGUAUCUACAAGUUGUACGUCGGGAACAUACCGUGGACGGUCGGCCACAACGAAUUGAAGAAGUACUUCAGCAAGUUCGGGCACGUCAACUCCGCAAGCGUGGUUUUCGAUAAAAACACCGGUUUGUCGAGGAGUUACGGUUUCGUGAAUUACAGCAACAAAGACGGGUUCACCGAAGCAAGCAACUACACGAACCACAAGUUGGAGGGAAACACGCUUAAAGUGCAAACCUCGACCGAAUAAAUCAACACUAUCACACCGCGGCAAAUGGCAGAGUAAGUUGACAUAACCUCAAACUGAACUCCUGCCAACUGCCCAAACAAAAACGCUGGGUUGCCUAAUAGUCACUAAUAGUAAUCUAGCCGUCAAAAAUGUCCAACCAAGACUCAGACUUGGACGAGUUUAGCUCCAACGAGGACCCAUUAACGCAAUCCUUCAACAAUGCGGCCACCCAUUUGCAAUCCCUCGUUUCCAACGUAGACCACCAAACGCUGCUAACUUUAUACGCCUUUUACAAGCAAGGUUCGGAGGGUGCGUGCAACACACCAAAACCUAAUUGGUACGACGUUAGGGGCAAGGCGAAAUGGGAGGCGUGGAAAAAAUUGGGGGACAUGUCCAAAGAAGAAGCGCGAAAUUCGUACGUGGACAAAAUCAAGGAAAUUGACCCCACUUUCAUCUCCGCCGACUUGAACAGCCCCCGCGAUUUCUGGGUUAAAGUUUCGACGUUGCAGAAUACGCAAGUAACCGAUAAAAAUAUCGUCGAUUUCAUACGGGAAAACAACGUGGAAGAAGUGAAAACGCACCUUCAAAACCUCACCGUUAACGAAAUAAACCAAAUCGAUAACGAAGGACUUUCCCUGCUGCAUUACGCAGCCGACUUUGGGGCUUCCCAAGCUCUAAGUGUAAUACUUGAAGCCGGUAUAAACGUAAAUCUGCAAGACGAAGAUGGUCAAACUGCUUUACAUUAUGCUUCUAGUUGUGGCCAAAACGAUUGCAUAAAGUUACUUUUAACCCAUAAAGCAGACCCAAAUAUUCUCGACGGCGACGGAAAAAGCCCCAUUUCCGUCGCGUACGACGACGCUGUAAAAAGCUUGUUAAUGAACCUCGGCUAGAUUUUAAUAUUGUAAUAAUAUUAUGUUAGUUAAUAAAUAGAUUUUAUAUAUGUA